GCAUGCGUCCCCUCCACUACGCAGCAUGGCAAGGUAAAGCUGACUCUGUCUUACUGUUGCUACGAGCCGGCGCUUCAGUCAACUCCCCUUCCAAUGAUGGACAGAUACCGUUACACCUAUCCGCUCAGUAUGGACACUAUGAAGUGUCUGAGAUGUUGCUGCAGCACCAGUCCAAUCCCUGCAUGAUGAACAAGGCCAAGAAGACACCUCUAGAUCUGUCCUGCGAGUUUGGCAGAUUGAAGGUGGCUCAGUUGCUGCUGAGCAGUAAUAUGGUGGCAGCGCUGUUAGAAGGAGAGAUAGGGCACGACAGCCUGGACGCUCCAUCCACCACCCCGCUCCACCUGGCAGCCAGGAACGGACACAAAGACAUCAUCAAGUUGCUACUCAAAGCCGGCAUUGACAUCAACAGAGCCACCAAAGCAGGGACGUCUCUGCACGAGGCCGCCCUCUACGGCAAGAUGGAAGUAGUGCGGCUGCUGCUUGAUGCGGGCAUCAAUGUGAACAUGCGCAACACAUACAACCAAACAGCUCUGGACAUCGUCAACCAGUUCACCACCUCAACAGCCAGCAGGGAAAUCAAGCAGCUGCUGAGAGAGGCAUCAAGUUCCCUCCAGGUCAGAGCAGUGAAGGACUACUGGAACCUCCACGACCCCACCGCUCUUAACCUCCGGGCUGGAGACCUCAUUAUGGUCCUGGAGCAGCACUCAGACGGCCGGUGGAAAGGUCACAUCCACGACACCCAGCGGGGGACAGACCGGGUGGGCUUCUUCCCCCCUUCGGUGGUAGAGGUCCUCAGCAGAAGAGCAGGGGGCACUCUCUCCCGUCAAGCCUCUGUGCCAUGCCAACGAGUAUUUGCCAACAGAGCUCCUCCCUCAAGCCACGGCCUCGCUCCUCAGACUGACGAUUCAUACACACUCGGCUAUGACCCUGCAGGUGUUCCACCUGGCAGUCAGCUCUCAACCCCAGCUAGUCCUGCUAGCCCCACUCAGGACAUUUGGGUCCUCAGGAGCUCUCCCACUGGUGACAGAAACAGUGUUGGCAGUUCUGGGAGUGUGGGUAGCAGCCGCAGUGCCGGUAGCGGCCAGAGCUCCGAAAGCUGCCACAAACAAAACGGGACUCAAAAUCGCCACAAUGCUGACACUGGCAAGAUGGCUCCCUCUGCUGGUGAAUCAGGAGAUCAUCACAUUACAGGAGCAGACCACAGCAAACAGGCUGAUGGAUCCACAGGUGGUUCCCGUCGGCAGGUCAACAACACUCCUCAGAAAGGCUUUGUGAGGCCGGAACACCUUCUGGAGGGCAAGGACUCUGAGGCCAUCUACCAGUGGUUGUGUGAAUUCCAGUUGGAGCAAUACACAUCCAACUUCAUCAACUCAGGAUAUGAUGUUCCUACCAUCAGCAGGAUGACCCCUGAGGACCUGACAGCUAUUGGAGUGACCAAACCAGGCCACCGUAAGAAGAUCUCAAUGGAGAUUGGCAAGCUGAGCAUCCCUGAAUGGCUUCCUGAUUACAUUCCUGCGGACCUGGGGGAAUGGCUGAGUGUGAUUGGACUGCCUCAGUAUCACAAGAGAUUAUGUGACAAUGGCUACGACUCCAUCACCAUCGUUAAAGACAUCACCUGGGAGGACCUGCAGGAGAUAGGCAUCACCAAAUUGGGCCAUCAGAAGAAGUUAAUGUUAGCAGUGAAGAGACUUUGCGACCUGCAGCGCUCUCGUAACCACGGCGACAGAGCCGGAGGUGGGACUCUUCGCAGAAAGCCCCCCGCUGCUCUGGAGCUGGUGGCCAUCGAACACACGCCAACACACAACGUGCACCCUCACGUGCGCUCUGAUGCUCCGUCUGACGACUGCUGCCCCUCCCCUCGUACCCCUCGGGCGCUGCUCUCCUUCCAGGACAGCGAGCUGAGUGCUGAACUGCAGUGCGCCAUGAUGGGCAAGGGGGGAGGAGGAAGCACGGAGGUGUUCUGCAUUAGGGGCGUAGCCUCUGCUGCAGCUAUCUCCGCCAUGUCUUUGAGUCAGGAGAGCAUCAGUGUGCGGUCACGUGGUUCUGGGAAUUCUGGUAACUCUGGAAAUUCAAAUUCAGGAUAUCCUCAGGAGCACCACACUGCACCACCUUCAGCCAGGACCUCCAGCAGGUCUGAGGAGAGCCUGGGGAGUGGAGUAGGGGAGGAAGCCAAGCGUGGAGGAAGCAGUCCUGCAGGGAGAAGCAGACAAAGACCCACAGAGAUGUGGGAGCACCAGAGUCGAUCCUCCACCCCCAACAAACUCCCUUUCUCCCCCCUUACUCCUCCACUUACCCCCAGCAAGAUGCCCCGCUUCGCCUACCCGGCCGUCCCACCCAAAACCAAACACUUCCAGUCCCCAAACCGCCUCUAUCAGCCUCAACACCACCAGCCCCCCUCCCCUUCCUCUCCUUCCUCGCAGCCCUCCCCCACACAGAAAGCCUUCAAUUACCUCCAUGCCCAGGCAGGAGGCGCCAACGGGGCUCCACGUGUGCUCUCCAAACCUCUGCCUGGAGCUGUCCCUCUGCUGGGUCCCCGGUCUGGACAGGCCCCGGCCGACGACAACCACAGGGGUCCGAUCAAGAAGCGCACCCAGAGCCUGACUCGCUACGCCCUGUCCGACGGCGAGCCCGACGAAGACGAAGACUUCGGCCCCUCCUGUAACUCCACCUCCUCCGCCGCCAUGCCCUCCUACGCCACCCUGUCACGCAGGCCGGGCCGCGGGCACACGAGCGCCUCGGGGGUCCAACGCCACAUCAACCGCAGCCACUCCUUCGCUGUGCGCUCCCGACGCAAAGGCCCGCCCCCGCCUCCACCCAAGAGGAUGAGCUCGGUGAGCGGCAGCCCGGUGCGCCAAUCGGGGAACGGUAAAGUAGCAGAGCCAGAUGUUAAGGGAGGGGUGGAGACGGAGAGCGUGGGCAGCGUGAGGAGCAUCGCGGCCAGGCUGGAGGGAAGCAGCAGCAGCAGCAGCAGUCCUUCCAGGAGGAUCGACAUGCCCCCAACACACAUCCCAGCUUCACCUGUUUUCAGCCCUGUCUCCUCCCCCAUGCAGCCCGGGACUACUAACAUCAUCUUACAGCACUCCAAACCCGUCCCCGCCCUAGGCCUCGGGGGCCUCAGGAGGACAGGAAGUGAGAAAACUGAAGGAGACCCCGACAGACAAAGAGGCGGAAGCACUUCCUCCGAAGACAAAGCAAAGAAAAGUGAAAGAACAUCAAAGAGCGCUGCCGCAUCUCCAAAGCACAACACUGGACAACACCUCCCUUUCGCCGAGGAAGGCAACCUCACCAUCAAACAGAGACCCAGGAUAGCAUCUGUCAGUCGCUCGGACGAUGAAAUCAAGACGCCUCCGGAGGGUCCGGUCCAGACCCCGAACAGCCUGGAGCUCCCAGAGUUCAACCUGAAAGAGUCGGACACGGUUAAAAGACGACACAAACCCAAAGAGAAAGGGGCGUUGACACCCGAGGAGGCGUCAACCCCAAACAGAGACCAGUACUCGCACACCAACAGCCACCAUGCAUACAGUGAUGUCAGUGACGAGGACGCUCAGAGAAUUGUUUUCCACAGAGUCGGCUCCAUUGGAAAAGGCCUCAAGCCUCCGGUGUCCUGCAAACCCUCCAGUCCUCUCAGACAAACCCCCAACAGCAGACCAACAACCCCACAAAAAAUUGUCCCCUCAGAACAACUUAGUGUACAAACAGGCAUUCCUAAACUGACCAGCGUCCAGAUUCACACGGUGUCACCGAAACUGGGCGGCAGCAUCAACACACAGACAUGUAUACCCAGUCCUAAACCUGUCAGACACCAACAGACACUGAUGUCCAAACCAGAGAGUUCACAGAAAGCUGCAGGUUUGUCCUUAACAAGAAUCCCUCAGCCUGACACCACCCUAACAUCACCAACAGGCUCAAACAUCAGCGUGGUCCAGAGCGUUGCGUUCACUGCUCCGUCCUCCCCAGCGUCGCCGCCCUCUUGCUACCCCGCCUCAGCUCUACCGGCUCAGGCCAGUAUGGAGGUGCUGGCUCAGAAGAGGCUGGAGGAAACGAGUACAUCACUGGAGGCUGCGCUCAAAGUGGUGGAGAACAAACUGGCACAGGGGAACACUAUGCAGAGCAGCAGCAGCACAGUGAAGGCAGCAGGGAACAUUCUGGACGACAUCGGCAACAUGUUUGAUGACCUGGCCGACCAGCUGGACGCCAUGUUGGAGUGACUGCCCAAAACUCCUCCACAGAGGGGCACGAUUAAUAUCUUAAAGGGAGCAACAGAUGAAAAAACAGGAGGUCAGUUUGAACCUUUGAUGCGGGUAAGAACAGACACAGCAGAUGAACCAAUAAGAGCACAUUUGAGGAUUUCCUGCACAACCUUUCCUCAGUAUUGCCCAGUUUUUCAACAGCGAGCACUUCGCCUUAGGACACACACCUGGGAAUGUUAUUGGAGCGACAACAAACAGCGGCUGCUAGAUCAGCUUCCAG